CGGCGGUGUCUCUGCGCGGCGAGUCAAUACCCACGGGUGGCAGCGGCAUGGCAGCGGAACAGCGGGGAAAAGCCGACACCCUGGCCCUGCGGCGGCGGCUGCUCAGCUCUUCUUGCAGACUCUUUUUCCCUGAGGAUCCUGUUAAGGUUGUCUGGGGCCACGGGCAGUACAUGUACGAUGAACAGGGGGCAGAAUACAUCGAUUGCAUCAACAAUGUGGCUCACGUUGGGCACUGCCACCCUCUCGUGGUCCAAGCAGCACAUGAACAGAACCAGGUGCUCAACACCAACAGCCGAUACCUGCAUGACAACAUCGUGGAUUACGCGCAGAGGCUGUCAGAGACCCUGCCAGAGAAGCUCUGUGUGUUUUAUUUCCUGAAUUCUGGGUCAGAAGCCAAUGACUUGGCCCUGAGGCUGGCUCGCUGCUACACGGGACACCAGGACGUGGUAGUGUUAGACCAUGCUUACCAUGGUCAUCUGAGCUCCCUGAUUGACAUCAGUCCCUACAAGUUCCGCCACCUGGAUGGCCAGAAGGAGUGGGUCCAUGUGGCACCUCUCCCAGACACCUACCGAGGCCCCUACCGGGAAGACCACCCCAAUCCAGCUAUGGCCUAUGCCAAUGAGGUGAAACACGUGGUCAGCCGUGCACAGGAGAAGGGCAGGAAGAUUGCAGCCUUCUUUGCUGAGUCUCUGCCCAGUGUGGGAGGGCAGAUCAUCCCCUCUGCUGGGUGUCUGACAUGUCCUUUGUCCCUGGCUCAGUUUGGGGGAAGCCCAGUGUCCUGUGCUGUGGGGCUGGCCGUCCUGGAUGUCUUAGAGAAGGAGCAACUCCAAGCUCAUGCCACCUGUGUAGGUAGCUUCCUGAUGGAGCUCCUCAGGCAGCAAAAAGACAAACAUCCCAUCAUCGGAGACAUCAGGGGUGUUGGGCUCUUCAUUGGCGUAGAUCUGAUCAAAGAUGAGGCCACAAGGACACCAGCCACUGAAGAAGCUGACUACUUGGUAUCCAGGCUGAAGGAGAACUACAUUUUGCUGAGCACAGACGGCCCUGGGAGGAACGUCCUGAAGUUUAAGCCCCCCAUGUGCUUCAGCCUGGACAACGCACAACAUGUGGUGGCCAAGCUGGAUGCCAUUCUGACUGACAUGGAAAAGAAGGUGAAAAGUUGUGAAACGCUGAGGCUCCAGCCCUGAGCCACCCCUACUCAGUUAAGUGUCCCCAGAAACUCCUCUAUUAAGAAGGUGACCUCCAUCUUGCAAAUAAAGCUGAGGCUUAGGACAUGUGAGCUGACCCACACCCUCCUCCAACCACUGGUCUAUUAUUGGAAUAGGCCAAAUGGCUACAUCUCCUCAGGUCCCAAAAAGUCAAUUUCUUUUUUGCCCAAAACCCCACUCACUGGGGGUAGAGUGGGAUUGGGGACGUCAGGGCACCUAUUUAAAUAAAUAAAUCAGAACACUAUUUUUAAAGGAAAGUCCCCAGUACAUACCCCCCACUGAAUAAAGUACAUUUUACAUUGUGUCCCCAUACAAGCUUAACUGGCAGAUUAUCCUUACCAAGUAAUAAAGUUUGAUGUUUUCUAUACCACUGAAUUAAAAACCAAAUACCACCAACUAAAUAUACAGCUGCUUCAUUUAGUCCCCGCCUUCCAGGCUCUUCCUAUUUCACAUUACUAUACAUAGAAAAGCUUCUUUGUAUCGCUGUCCAUUACAGUAACAACUAA